AUGUGAAAGAGCUACUAAGCGAGGCUAUCGAUCUUAAGCAGAGAGAGAGAGAGAGGAAAUGGGUAUCAAGUUCAUUUUCUGGGGAAUUUUCAUGCUGGGAACAUUUUUCUGGCUGGCAACAACCGAACCCAUCGAAGAUAAGCAAGCCUUACUCGAUUUUUACAAUAACAUUGAUCUCUCACGCCCUCUUAAUUGGGAUGACAAUUCUUCUGUCUGUAAUAGCUGGAUUGGAGUGACAUGCAAUCAUGAUAAAUCUAGAAUUAUAGCCGUUCGAUUGCCUGGAAUUGGCUUUCGCGGCCCACUUCCUCCAGAUACUCUGAGUUGCUUAUCUGCACUUCAGAUCUUAAACCUAAGUUCCAAUGGCAUAUCAGGUCCUUUCCCUUCUGAUUUUACCAGACUAGGGAAUUUAACUUCUCUCUAUCUACAAUUCAAUAACUUUCAUGGCCAACUGCCCCUACAUUUUGGAGUUUGGAAAAAUCUUUCAAUUAUCAACUUGUCGAACAAUGCUUUCAAUCAAAGUAUUCCUUCUUCUGUUUCAGAAUUAACUCACCUUACUGCUUUGAAUCUUGCUAACAAUUCGCUUUCUGGUAAAAUUCCCGAUUUUAAUUUACCCAGUCUCCAACUGCUAGAUCUAUCCAACAAUAAUCUCUAUGGAAGUGUUCCUCAAAAUCUUCGGAGAUUUCCCAGUUCGGCUUUCUUUGGAAAUAUUAUUUCCUCUGAAAUUUCAUCUCCUUCAUUUCCUCCAGUUCUUCCACCCAGCACUCAACCAUCAAGCAAAUCUUCAAGACUUGGUAAGCCUGCAAUACUGGCAAUCAUAAUUGGUGGCUGCGCUCUGGGGUUUGUCGUUGUGAUACUUGCCGUGAUGCUGAUUGCUUGCUAUUCAAACAAAGACACUGAAAGUGGGGUGGUCUCGAAAAAGUCCCAGGAGAAAGAAGGGUCUGUAAAGAAAGCAGUUUCCGGCAGGCAAGAUGGGAAUGGCAAGCUUGUAAUCUUCAAUGGUUUCAGUUUUGCAUUUGACUUGGAAGAUUUGUUGAGAGCUUCUGCUGAGGUGCUUGGGAAGGGAAUCUUCGGCACCACGUAUAAGGCUGCAUUGGAGGAAGCAACCACAGUGGUAGUGAAGAGAUUGAAGGAAGUGACUGUGGCAAGACGAGAGUUUGGGCAGCAAAUGGAGGUCGUUGGAAGUAUUAGACAUGAGAAUGUGGCUGCACUAAGAGCAUAUUACUAUUCCAAGGAUGAAAAGCUCAUGGUCUAUGACUACUAUAGUCAGGGGAGCGUGUCUACGAUGUUACAUGCUAACAGAGGUGAGGAUCGGACUCCUUUAGACUGGGAAACUCGACUGAGAAUCGCAAUUGGUGCAGCAAGAGGUAUUGCUCAUAUCCACGCACAAAGUGGUGGGAAGCUUGUCCAUGGAAACAUAAAGGCCUCAAACAUUUUCCUCAACCCCCAACAAUAUGGUUGUGCAUCUGAUCUUGGCUUGGCAACACUGAUGAGUCAAAUGACUUCACCAGUCAUGCGGAGAGCAGGAUACCAAGCCCCAGAAGUGACAGACAGCCGGAAAGUGUCCCAGGCGUAUGAUGUCUACAGCUUUGGGGUCCUGCUGCUUGAGCUUCUUACUGGGAAGUCCCCCAUACAUGCCACGGGUGGCGAUGAAGUUUUCCACUUGGUCCGAUGGGUUAAUUCUGUUGUUAGGGAGGAGUGGACUGCCGAAGUCUUUGAUGCAGAGCUUCUGAGGUAUCCUAAUAUAGAGGAGGAGAUGGUGGAGAUGUUGCAAAUAGGUAUGACUUGUGUUGCAAGUAUGCCAGAGCAGAGGCCGAAAAUGCCUGAUGUAGUGAAGCUAGUAGAGGAUAUUAGAAGGGUCCACACCGGAAACCGACCAUCUAUGGAAGCAAAACAAGAAGGUUCGACACCAGUCCUGACACCACCUGCGGCUGAACUAGGAUCCUCUUCUGUUCCAUAGAGAGAUUCUUCUUGUACUAGAAUUAGUUGUUGAGAUGUAAUUUCUUUUCUCUUUCUUUUUUCUAAGUUCUUCAGUACCAUAGUCUGUCUUGCUAGAAAUUGUAAGAUUUCCAGCCUGGGUAUCUUGGCUCUUUUUUGACACAAUUGGUGCCUAAGAUUUGUUUACCUACAUGAUCCAGCUAAGUUCAAAAGUCAGGUUGGUUUACUGAAAUAUUUGAUCGGGACCGAGUUUAUUAUGGAUGUGGUUGAG